AUGCAGCAGUCACAACAACAAGAAGCAGCGGCCGCAAAUGCAGCACAAGCUUCAUUAUUAUCAACUUCUUCGAACAUUUCCACAAACAUACCAUCAUCAGUAGCAUCAACAACCACUCCAUCGACAAACAUCAAUAAUAAUAAAACCAAAGCAAAAAAAACUUUUAGUCUCGGUUUUGAUAAAAUCUUAAAUUUUAUGGCCGCUCCGCUUUCUCCCUCGAACCCUGAACCGAAUGGUGGUUAUGGAGGAGGACUUGAUGGUUCUAGUGGCAUAGGAGGAGGGAAUUAUUGUUCAUGCAGGUGUUUUACAUGUAGUAAAGUAUCAAAUGGCUUAGGAGGUGGUGGUGGAUUUUUCGCUUCCUUAUAUCAUCAUAAACCUACCGCGUCGCCAUCUUUAGAUGAUCAAGAUGAAUCAUAUCUGAUUGAUACCAAUGCACCGCUUGAUAUUUAUGGACUUCGUUAUCUACUAUUAUUAGACAGAUUUUCGAGACAAGACGAUUAUCGUGAAUCAUUACAAUUACAUACUCAUUUACUUGGUAUUGCUUUAGCCACGCGAGUUUAUCAAUCAAUGAAUGCGUCUUACGCGCAUUUACACGAUCUGUUUAAGAACGAACAGCGUGCAGAAUUCGCCGCUGCAUAUAACUAUUUACAAGAUAGACAAGAUGUCAUUCUUGAAUACGCGCUUGCUGCUCCACAACCAAAAUCUAGUUUUUUGGAUUAUAUUAGUUUUAAAUGUAGCAAGACAGUGUUGGCAUUCGUUUCUUUUGUGAGACAGAACCCAGAGCUUGUGGCCAGCGCAUUUCAACAAAUGUCGCCACCGGAUUUGGACAAUUUAUCAAUCACCGAAAAAUUUACAUUGUCAAAUAAUAACAGUAAUAGCCGACAGAAUAUCCCGAAUAUUAAUCAAUUAGAUAUAGUUGAUCUAUUGCUCAAGGGAAUCUUUGGGCCAUCUACCUUUCCGCAGGAGGAUCGAUUACGAUUAAACAUGUGGACGGCGAUUUUUGUGAAACUCAUCACAGAUAAGAAAGGUGAAAAAUUUUUAUUGGAUGUAUUGGAUAGAUAUGUACAUUUGUCACCCUGGACCGCAAAGCGAGCAUUUGAAAUGCAAUUAAUGAAGAUAUUGCAACAAGGUGAUCUUUUACUCGAAAGUGCAACGAAUGAACAGAUCCCAAAGGAUGAAUCUUAUACUGCAUUCUCAUUGCCAUUCUUUGGGAUACUUGGGGGUAAUAACAACAAUGGUAAUACAUCAAUGAACAAUGCUACUUCUCGAAUUUCUAACAUUGAAAAGUACCUUGAUAAUGCGUGCAUAGGAUUACUUCAAGUUUUAGAUCGUGAAGAUGUAAUUCCGGCACGUGUCUUGAUUUUAUCGAGAACUAUAUUGAAUCAAGUUCCGGAGGAAUCACGUCGUCAUGCCAGCGUAUUUUUAAUAGUGCAAUGGUUCUUUCAUCGUUUUAUUGGACGGGCUAUUACUUACCCAGAGCAUUAUGGAAUGUUUGAAGAGUACUAUGUCUCGGAGACUCAACGAAGACAUAUUUUAUUCAUGAUACAGCAAAGAUUGUAUCGUUAUAUCACUGGAAUAACAGAUGCCGUUCCCGAGUGGGCGCGUAAGGAAAUCCGUAUCGACGAAAAAAUAAAAAAAUUAGUGGAAAAAAUAGUUACGAGGUUUUCCAACGAUACAAAUUAUCCGGAAACAAAUGAAAAACCAUCAUCAAUACCACAGAUGGCAACUCCUGCUUUAAAAUCAGCAGCUGGAACACCUUACCCUUCUAUAUCACAGUAUCCUUCCACAAUUACCCCGAAUUUAUUGCUAUGUCCAUCCGAUCUUACGACACUAUUUUACUUCCUGUGUCCGCGAUAUCGUCCUCAGCAGCGUGUGUCAAGACCAAACAUGUCUCCAAAAAUUUCUAAAUGGAAUAACGGAAGUGCAUACCAAUCGCGUACAAAUUCACCUCGUCCUUCUUCCAUAUUAAGUUUGGCAUUGGAUGAAAAAAUAUCUGCUGCUUCUUCACUUUUUUUCCCAACAAACAGUGAUACAAGUUCAGUAUCUUCUAGCUCGAGUGCUGAAUCUUCGUGUAUUACUGAUGUGCAGAUGAUGGCAUCACCUAAUGGCUUGAAUAUUAACAACUCGGAACAAAAUCACAGUCCCAUACAUCGAAGCAGCCAUUCACGAACUUCGAGUUUAGUUGAUGACAAUGAACCAAUACCACAAAUCUACGAAGAUAUGAAAAAAACUAUCGAUGAAAUUACAAAACAUUCUGGAUCUAAGCCUAAUGCGCAUCCUUCUGCUGAACCGUGGGCUUUGUUAUAUGUUUCACGUGAUGGCACUGAAAUUUUACUGUCGCAUCCUUCAUUAGCAAUAGACACAUCCCAGAGUAACCAAUUGACGGUGACUACACCUAUCGUUCGGGGCCAUUUAGGCACAUAUGGAAGUAGUGGUGAACUUUCUGAUCUAGAAUUGGAUAUGCAAUUUGAUGACGGAGACGAAUUGAACGAACUACUGACCGAAGAAGUAAGAACAAUAGGGCGAGCUUUAUUUCGCAUUCUUAGAGAAUAUGAUUUUGUCGAAGAAUUAUCCACAUCACCAAAUACCAAAUCAGCAAAAACAUUUCAUUUCACGAGAAAAAUUCAUGGAAAUUCACCGACCACUAUUACAAUUUCAUCACUUCUUUCUAAAGCAAUUCAAACUGCACAAUCACACAGAGAUUAUGCUGCUGCACUUGCAUAUCAUCAAGCGCUUACUUUACUAUUGCAUCAGCCACGUCAUCUUACUCACAACAAUGCUGCGGGUCUUAUUGCACUUUUAGCUACACCUUUACGACGUGCUCAGUCCCGUCGGCAUAUGCGACAUCAAAAACGACGACAUUGGGCUGUAUAUGCACAUGAAGUUCACAUACGACUAGUUCAAUGUUUAUCUCAAAAACGUGAUAUGUUGUCCUCUUUAAGGUUGCGAAUGUGGUACACGUCGGAAAUUCGAACAUCGAAAAUUCUGGAAAAAUCAAAGAUUAAUUUGAAUGAAAUUUCCUUACCAUCCAACAAACUUUCAAAAUGCAUGAAAAAAUCGAAUUCUUCUGGAGUUGCAAAUAAUAAACAUAAAACAACCUCAAAGGCAUUUGAAGAAUGGCCACCGCCAUUGUCCGAACACGAUUCAGAAGUUGUGUCGCGAUGGUUGCAUGAAACUGGCGUAUAUAAUUUCAUCCCUUGUGAAGAAAGAUUUCAUCGUUAUUGCAUAGAGAUUAAUGCAAUUCGCGCUAAUAUAAUGCAGACAAUGUUAUGGACUAGUGAUUUGUUUCGAAAGGAGGCAAUGGCUUUCAAGAUGGGAUACUUUAUCAAUAGAGAGGAAAGAGAAAAGAAUAAAAGAUAUAGCGGACUGCAUUAUCAACUUUUUAACAAUAAUCCGGUUAAUUAUCAAUAUGCAUAUCAUGGCGGGGAAGCAAUACGGCGACAGAAUAGUCUUGGAGAUGUUUUUAGUUUAAAUACGCCCAAACGAGAGCGACGCGGAAGUGUUGCAACAGUUGGGAGUGGACCGACAGUGGCCAGUGGACUGGGUACUUUAUUAAAUAGGAGUAUACCUAGACGGAGUAGUAGUAGUAAUCUUGGAUUAAGUUCGGCCAAUUUGUAUAAUGUAAUCGAAGGUCAGACUACUGAUACUACUACUCCUCAACUGAAUCGAGGAUUAAGAGAGCAUUUAAUUGAUGGACUAUUGCCUUCUUAUGAACUUUAUACUCCUCCAAUGAAUUUACCACCAUCUUUUCUAAUUGGUGCUAAGAGAAAUCGGGAGGUCUCAAUUGGCGGAGAUUCUGGAAGAUCAUCCUUUAGUUCCACAUCAUCGACUAUGGAUGAAUUUACUUUACAAACACAAUUGAAACUGACUGGACUUUUACUAAGUGAAUUCGGAAAAGCUUGGUAUGGUGGUUGUGAGACAGAUGAAUGGUUCGAAGAGUUUAUUGAUGAUAUUGGUACACCAAAAGAAGUUAUUGUUGGACAACUAAAGAAUGGAAUAUUGAUUAAAGGAAAAGAUGAGGAUGAAGAUGAAGAUGUUUUAGGAGGAAAAGGCAUUGAUAUUCCAAAGCUUCCAUCUAAAAAUUUCGAAUCAUUGACUACUCAAAUCGCAAAUCUUGAUCUAUCAACUCCAGAUAUCCCGAUAGCAUCAGAAGUUUCAAUAACUGAAACUGAAUCUACGGAGACACAAUUAGCGGAUGCACUUGAAAGAUCACCUUUUAUUCCACCGAAAUCGACGAUCAAUGAAAGAAUUCCUAACAUUAAUAAUGAAAUGAAUUCUCAAACAUGUCAACCUAUUGUUGAAUAUCCUUUCACUAAAUGUUGUCAAUCGUUAAUGGAAGAAUUUACGCUUUUAUCUUCUCCCUAUCAAAAACUUCACGCGUUAUUCGCCAUUGAAAUGUUAGUUGUCGCCUCACUAUCAUUCGCACCUCCUUUGCCUCACUUGUCAUCAGCUCUAUCAACACCCACUUCGGCCCCUUUAUCGCCCAUGCUCAUUGCUUCUCCGUUACUUACUGCCAUUACUUCCACUCAAGCUGUGACACCUGGAACAGAUUCAAUAGUAAAUGAACUUGAAAGAUUGUUUCGUCAAUCUAGCAUUCGCCCAAAAAAUUUGUUUCGUGAUAUGCAAUUAAUUGCUACUUUUGUGCCUGGCGUGAUUCUUGAUCUUCGUGAUGAAGGGAAAGCUUUCUGGGAUAUGAGCUUAGCGGUUUCUAGUCUAAAGAAAGAGGUAGUGGAAAAGGUGGUUGAACGUGGUAUCAAGGUUAUGGAUGGAGGUAUCGUCAAGCGUGAUACUCUCAUGCGAAUGGAAGCAGAGAAAGAAAAUGAAGAACUAUUCGUAGAAAAUUUCUAUGAGGAAGAUUCGGAAAUGAAAACACAAAUGGAAGCUGUUCGUCUUUUUACUAUUGGAGCUAAAGAAUCUAAUCCUAUUGCACAACGUGAGCUCGCUAUUCUCUAUCUUUCUCUACCGACUCUUCCUCGUUCCUCAUCACCACCGCCUUCACUUUAUUAUCCCACAAACAAUGGAAAAAUAUCGCAUCAGCAUACACAUGUCACUAGUAUUAAUUCGACAAUAUUUGGCAGUUUUAGUGCGCUAUCUACCUCAACCCCCGUUCUCACUUCCUCGUCAUUUUCAACCCAUAACUUUGAUCUUUUCUCUACAACAAAAGACGACAAGCAAAAAUACAAUCCAACAAAUGUUGCAGCAGCAAUACAUUGGUUCCGAUUGGCGGCACAACAAGGUGAAAAAUUCUCGGAACGGUGGCUCAAUCAUCGUGAUGGAAGACAGGUUGGCGAGUUGGCUGGUGCAAAAUUCUUUGUGGGAAGUGAGGAUAGUGAGGAUGGACGCAAUUUGCUCAAUGGCUGA